UUCUGUUAAAUCAAUAUCUAUAUAGCAAGCUCAGAGUCACAUUAAUUUGGGUACAAUUUCAUGUCUCAUGGCUUCCUUAAUAGAAGAUAUCAACUUCGCUCGCAUAUCAAUUCCUGUAACUAUCAAACAUAAGGAAACAAUCCUUCCGGCAGAACCAAUUCCUGUUAAUAAUGGUGACACUCUCUACCUGUCGAAUCUAGACGACAUUAUUGGUUGUCGAGUUUUCACCCCAACGGUGUAUUUUUACCACUCAACUCCAUCUAGGAGCAGGCAAGUGGUAAAAAAGCUGCGUGAUGCUUUAGCUCUUGUGUUAGUCCCUUAUUACCCUUUCUCUGGAAGGAUUAGGGAAACUAAAAAUGGGAAACUAGAGAUAUUUUUUGGGCCUAAUCAAGGUGCUUUUAUAGUUGAGGCUCAUUCAUCUAUAGCCUUGACUGAUUUAGGAGACCUCUCAUUCCCUAACCCUUCUUGGGCACCAUUAAUAUACAAGUUUCCUAAUGAGGGACCUUAUCAGGUCAUUGACAUGCCUUUGUUGAUUGUUCAAGUGACUUAUUUUAAGGAUGGAGGCUUUAGUCUUGGUUUGAGGAUGUGCCAUUGCCUUUGUGAUGGCAUAGGUGCAAUGCAGUUUUUUAAUGCUUGGGCUACCACGGCUAAGGUAGGAAGCCUAGUUGCUUCCCCUGAACCAUGUUGGGAACGUGAAUAUUUCCUUCCGCGUAAUCCCCCACGCAUUGAGUAUCCACACAUCGAGUUCAUGAGUGUUGUGGAUGGAUCAAGCCUAAGGAGAUCACUUUGUGAUGUGAAGCCGGUACAAAGAUGUUAUAAGGUCACUAAAGAGUUUCAAGAAAAAGUCAAGUCAUUGGCUAAGUUAAACAAUGAAGGUAGGAAUUACACUACAUUUGAUGCUUUAGCUGCUCAUGUGUGGAGAUCAUGGAUAAAAGCCCUAGAUGUCAAGCCCUUAGACUGUGAGCUGCGUCUCACUUUUACAGUCAACACUCGCCACAUGCUUAAGAAUCCGCCAUUAAAGGAGGGAUUCUAUGGAAAUGCGGUAUGUGUAGCUUGUGCGACAAGCAAAGUUGAAGAACUUAUCAAUAAACCCCUCAACAACGUAGCAAAUUUGGUUCACAAUGCAAGGGUUGGUGUUAAUGAGGAUUACUUAAGAUCUACAGUGGAUUAUGUUGAGGUGAAAAGGCCUAAAAAGCUAGAAUUCGAAGGAAAAUUGACAAUAACACAAUGGACAAGGUUCCUACUCUAUGAAUCAGCUGAUUUUGGGUGGGGAAGACCAGCUUAUGCUGGUCCUAUUGACUUGACACCAACUCCUCAAGUUUGUAUUUUUCUUCCUGAAGGAGGAAUCAAUGGUGAUGGAAUGCUUGUUUGCAUUUGCUUGCCUGAAACAACUUGUAAGAUUUUUGAAGAGCUUUUCUGCCUCACUGAUAUAGUUUGAUAGAAAUAUUACAUAAGAGCUUUUCUAUUGCACUUGACCUUGUCAUAAAAAAUGUAAAAGUUGUGAUUGUAAAAUCACUGUGUCUAAUUACAUUAUUUUCCUUGAGCGUUAUCAUGGUAAAGUAGGUUAAUUGCGCAAAAAAUAGAUAACAACUAGGAAAAGGGAGGAAAAAAAACCUAAAUCGAACACAUAAAUUAGGAUUCCAUAUACCA